AUGAGUGACAAAGGCAACGCGGCUGGAAGCCAGGGUGAAUCGUUUGGCCCAGUCCAUACAAUCGAACCAAUUGAAUCACACACUCAUACAGCAAUCCUCCUCCACGGCAGGGGAAGCAACGGUGAAGAGUUUGCGCAAGAGCUCUUCGAGGAGACUCUCUCGUCAGAUCAUUCAAGCCUGGCACAGAAACUACCCAGUUGGCGAUGGGUGUUUCCAUCUUCGCGUGAAUUAUGGAGCACGGCUUUUCAAGAAAGCAUGCCUGCGUGGUUUGAGGCGCAUUCUUUGACGGACAUCACGGCUCGGCAAGACCUUCAGAUUCCGGGCAUCAAGGAAUCAGUCAGCUACAUCAAGACGAUUCUAGAACAGGAGACUGAGAGACUCAACGGGGAUACAUUAAAGGUUGUUCUAGGUGGGAUCAGUCAGGGUGCAGCAGUGGGCAUGUGGACAUUGCUUUGCCAUGACACUAUUGAGAGACCACUUGGCGCAUUCUUUGCUACGAAUACUUGGCUUCCCUUUGCUUCCAGCAUCGAGAAAUAUCUAUCAAAUGAGCCAACGUCACAUAUGGAUGCAGGGACUGAGUUUGUCACUGGGAUGCUAGCUCAGUCGAAGGUCGCACUUCCUCAAUCUCGAGAAAGGCUCCCAUCAACGACUAUCUUUCUUGGACACGGAACCGACGAUGCGUAUGUCGAUGUCGAAUUGGGAAGAAAGGCUCGAGAGAUCAUUCUCCGGGCUGGGUUUACGGUUGAGUGGAGGGAAUAUCAGGGAGCAGAACUAGAGGGACAUUGGUUCAAAGCACCAGAAGAAGUUGACGAUAUUCUCAACUUUCUUGCGACACACUUGGAGAAAUCGUGA